ACAACAUUUAGUAUGUCUCGAAAAAAUCGGCAAAAAAUUCGACAGGAAAAGAAAAAAAAAGAGAUAGAAAGAAUAAAAAAUGAAGCAUCUUUUGAUGAGGAAUCAUCUGUAGAUAUGAGGAAGUUUGAGAAAGAUAUUAUUUCUUCUAUUAUUGAAAAAAUGUCAUUUGAAGAAAAAGAUAUUGUCCCUGAUGGGCAUUGUUUGUAUAGAGCAUUUUCAGACCAGCUUGCUGUUCGACAUGAUAUUCAUAUUGACUAUCUUCAACUUCGUACAGUAGCAGCUUCUUAUAUUCGAGAACAUGAACAGAGUUUUAUUCCAUUCCUUUUUAACGACGAAACAGGAGAAAUAAGAGAUGUAGAAUCAUAUUGUAACGAUAUUGAACAUACAGCAAUCUGGGGAGGAGAAGUAGAAAUUAUUGCUUUAGCGCGGGCAUAUAAAGUAAAUGUAGAAUUAAUACAAAUGAAAGGAUUACCAUUGAAAAUCAAUUUCGACCCAGAUGGAGAAACAUCUUUUUCACAAAACAAGAAUACGAUCAAAUUAAGUUAUUACCAACAUAUGUAUGCAUUAGGUGCACAUUAUAAUUCAUUAAGAGAUAAAGUUAAAAAUUAAUGCAAAAAGAUGCAAUUUAAAUAUAAAUAAUAUCUAUAAACAAUUAUUUAAUUAAUAAUUAUAUACAAUAUUUAGCUUUUAUUACUCCAUA